CUUUCUUCUUCUCAUUUAGGGUUCUUCUUUCAUCUUCAAUUUCUUUUUUUCUUUCGUUGUAACUUAUCUUUAUUGGGAUUUCAAUUUUGGUUUCUUCUGCAGUUUACAAGCCUCGAUCCCUAAUCUCUUAUGCAGUAACUCAUCCUGUGAAUCCGCUGAAUGAGAAAACUUUGAAAGGAACCUUCGUCGGCACUGAUCUUCCUUCUAUUGUGGAAAAGUACAUGAACAAGGUGUUUAUGCGUUAGUAAUUGUCGAGUUGAGGUGUAUAGAUCAAACUCAAGAUAUAGGAGGCUUUCUGACUAAAUGUUACAAGUACAAGUGUUUGCAUAUGUAUUAAGCCGUAUUUCCAGUGCUUGUUAAUUAUUCUUCUGGGUCAUUGACGCCAACACCAGCAACAUGAGCAUCGAACCAUUCAAGCGACUAGUGAAGCUUGCGGCUCGAGCUUUUUAUGAUGAUAUAACUAAAGGGGAAAAUCAGCCCAAAACAGGAAGGAGUGAUAACAGAGGGAUUGCUGUGGUGGUGCUUGAUGCUUUAACCAGACGGCAAUGGGUAAGAGAAGAAGAUCUGGCAAAGGAUUUGAAAUUGCACUUAAAGCAACUCCGUAGGAUCCUGCGGUUUUUUGAGGAAGAAAAACUAGUUACACGAGAUCAUAGGAAAGAGACAGCUAAGGGAGCAAAGCUAUUCAGCGUUGCCGUGGCUGCCACUGCUGAAGGUCAACAGUCUGGAAAGGGGGAUGAAAAGAUAAAGCUACAUACUCACUCUUACUGUUGUCUGGAUUAUGCACAGAUAUAUGAUGUUGUUAGGUACAGAUUGCAUCGGUUGCGGAAAAAGCUGAAGGAUGAAUUGGAAAACAAGAAUACUAUUCAAGAGUAUAUUUGUCCCAACUGUGGGCGAAGGUACAAUGCUUUGGAUGCUCUUCAAUUGCUUUGUCCAGAUGAUGAAUACUUUCACUGUGAAAAUUGCAAUGGAGAACUUGUGACGGAGAGUGACAAGUUAGCUGCUCAAGAAGGGGGAGAUGGAGAUGACAAUGCAAGGAGGCGACAGCGUGAAAAAUUAAAGGACUUGCUUCAGAAAAUGGAGGUACAACUUAAGCCAUUGAUGGAUCAACUUAACAGAGUGAAGGAUUUGCCUGUUCCUGAAUUUGGAAACCUUCAAGCAUGGGAAGCUCGAGCAAGUGCUGCUGCACGUGCAGCAAAUGGCAAUGCUAGCUCCAAUGAUCCUUCUAAGUCGCAAGGGCUGGGUUAUAGUGGAACACCAAUGCCAUUCCUUGGGGAGACAAAGGUUGAAGUUGCCUUUUCUGGUGUUGGAGGCAAGGAAGAGGAUGUCAAACCAGAAACUGAAGGUUCAGGUUUGAAAGUUUUACCACCAUGGAUGAUUAAGCAGGGAAUGAACCUUACAAAAGAGCAACGUGGAGAGGUCGUCAAGCAGGAGAGUAAGAUGGAUGGCAGUUCAGCAGCACCAGAAUUCUCAGAUGACAAAAAGGCCAUCAACAAUGGUGAUAGUGCUACGCAAUAUCAGGAUGAGUAUGCUAAAGCUUAUUAUGCUGCACUGUUCAAGAGACAACAAGAACUAGAAGAAGCUGCUAAGAAGCAAGAGUCAUCACACACACCCAUCUCUAAUGGUGUUACUGAGUUGUCCUCUAAUCGACAAGUGGGCAUGAAAUCCAAACGUGAGGAGGAUGAAGGAGAAGAUGAAAUUGAAUGGGAAGAGAGCACAACAGGAGGCAAUGCGACUGAAAGCUACAAGGUCAAUGACUUGAAUGUUGAAGCAGAAGCUUCAGGAGAUGAGGAGGAUGAUAUAGAUUGGGAAGAAGGCUGAAUGUCAGAUUAGUUAACUUUCUAUACAGGGUGGGAAAUUUUUUUUCCGAAUUGAAUAUGAAAGGUCAGUGAAAUUUUAUCUAAAACUCUUUUCCUUUCACAGAAAUCAUCUCUACAAGUGUAAGAUGUUAUCCAUGGAGGAGUGCUCCAUAGAUAUUGGUUUCUGCAAGUUUAAAAUAUUAUCCAUUGAGGAUUACCAUAGGUACUCUCUUGCACAUUGUACAUUACGUUUGUUGUGUAUUUUGUAUAUCAUUUUUUUGACACAUCGAUUAGACAUGAGUCAUGACAUUUUAGGAGAAACCUGAGCUGCUUACCCGAGUAUUGCAUACCUGUUAUAUGUAACGGCAGCAUGCGCUCUAAAACUCUAAAUUGACAAUAUUACCCUUUUAUUUUAUUAGGUUAAUUUUCUCCCUUUGUAAAAUAAAUAUAUCCUUUUACCUUCCAAAAUUAAUUAUAAUCAAUAAAGCAAAUGUAAUAGCAUAUUAUAUGAACUUGGAUCCUGAGUUUUGAAUUCUGGAAAAGGCUUUCGGCUAUAAGAUUCACAAUUCCUCUUGUUA